AUGGCCUUGAUGCACUCCUGGAACUCCUGCAAGAUGCUCAAAUGCCCCAAAUAUAACUGGUACUACAAGUCCCAGCAGACACUGCAUGCCCACCUCAGAGAAAAACACCCUGCAUCUGGGGGUGUGUGUGUGUACUGUAGCAUGGGGAAGGCCCACCCUCAUCUGUCCCGGGGAGAGAGUUAUGUCUGUGAGUACAAGCUCUACCGCUGUGGUGUGUGGGAUUACACGACCCCCUGUAAAGGAAACCUCAGCAUACACAUGCAGUCAGACAAACACCUCAGCAACGUACAGGUAGCAGGACACACACACCCUGCGCACGGCACACACACACACUCCGCACACAAUGGGGGCUGGACGCACACACCCCACAGUCACACAGCCCCCUGCACACACAACACACCCUACCCCAGCCAGCCCCCUUCCCAGGGUAAGAGGUGGCGGUGUGAGGUGUGUGAUUAUGAGACCAGCAUUGCCUGGAAUCUUUGCAUACACAUCACCAGCGAGAAACACAUGCCUAAUGUGCUGCGCCUGAAACAAACACACAACGUGGGGAACAGUCUUUGGUGCCUGGUGUGUUCCAGUUUCUCCUCUGACAGUCUGUAGUCUCUUAUGUCUCACCUGAGUGCCCCCUGCUCCCUGCCUCAGUCUGAGUGGCGCUCUCUGAUGGCUGGAGGCUGCUACUGCAGGCUGUGUGGCUACAGCACCGCCCUCAGGGCUAACUUCACCCUGCACUGCCAGACAGACAGACACAGGGCCCAGUACCAGCUGGCGUCCCACCUCUGGGAGAAGGGGAAGGCCGGGGACAGGGAGGAAUUUGGGAAGUUGGUUGCUACAGGCAACCCAGUCCAGCUGAAGUGUAACUUGUGUGACUUCCAGACCACCAGCUUGGAGAAACUGAAAAUACACAGCAUCAACCCCCAACACCAGGCCAGCCUCAGAGUCUACAGGUUCUUACAGCAGUAUGACACUGCAGUAGAUGGAGGGUCCUGGUUGUUCCACUGUGUCCUGUGUAACUACUCCUCCUGUUCUAAACUCCACCUAUUGAGACAUACCCACUCCCCUGGUCAUCAGAAGAGGGAGCUUCACUACUUGCAGUUAGUGAGAGGGAGGAGCCUGGAGGAAGGGGAGGGGCUAGCAGCUACUUUCACCAUUAGGAAGUGUCCCAGUCCUGAGACAGGUGGAAGCAUUGAGGAGGAGGGGGAGAGGAGAGAUUCCCUUUCUCCAGCCAAGCGAUCGUUCUCUGGGCUGGAGGAGACACAGAGCCCCCUCUCUCCCAAACGCCCCACAACAGACCAGCGCUCUACUCACCAACAGGCUACUGGCAAGUGCCCACUGUGCCAGGACACACUGGUAUACACACACCUGAGACGCCACCUCAUACUCACACACAGUGUGGUCCAAGACUGUGUGGACAAGCUCAUGAGUGUGGUGGCAGUGGAGCUGCCAGAGAUUCUGCAGAAAGUGACACUGCAGAUGGAGUCCCACUCAAAUAUAAAGGAAUCUCAAACAAACGAUUGCAACACAAACAGCUCUUACACGAAGGAAUCCCUCACAAAUGACUCUCAAACAAACGACUACCAUACAAAAAAAGAAAAAGUAAUCACAGCCAAAGAUGUCCCUGCUCUUCUGACUCCUCCCUGUGAGGACCAGCACCCAGUAGAGGACAACACCUCUCACCUCCUUGAGUCCCCCAGCUCUCCCCCUUCCACACCCACUCUUUCCUCUCUCUCCCCCAGCAACCUCCCUUCAUCCACCUUACCCCUGUCUCCUCCCAGUGAUGCCCCUCCCCCCUCUGAUUGUCAUGGCUACAGGUUUUGCUGCAGCAGGUGCAGUCUAGCGGUCCAAAGGCAGAACCACACCAUGAGGGCGGCGACAGAGUGCCACCUCUGCCCCAGACGGUGCCGCAGCCAAGAGGCCCUGCAGAGACACCUGCUCAACACACACCUACAGGACCUACACCUACAGGGUACAUACCCUGACCAGAGUGGAGCACACAUCCAACAACCAAUCAGCCUGGUGGGGGAGGAAGAGGAGGGGGAAAGUAUGAGUGAAAAAGAGACAGAUAAGAAAGAGGAAGAUGAUGAGGAGGGGGAGGGAGAGCAGGGAAAGGGAGAUGAAGGAGUGGAUGAAAAGGAUGACCCAGAUGAGGAGGAGGAGAGGCCCAGUUCAGGGGUUGGUGACAGUGACCAGGGUUCAAGGCAGCAGGAGGAGAAGGAGGCAGGGUCAGAACCCAACCCCUUCAGCAAGGGCUCCAACCCCACUCUGGAGCGGUUUUUGGACCCGGCUCAGCCCUACAAGUGUUCCUUCUGCUGUGAGUCCUUCACUCAGAGAUCCAUCCUGCCCGUCCUCUAUAACUCUCUGUCCCACCAAGCCAGAGCCAGAUGGGUCCUGCAGGACUCCAGCCCCAGUUCCCCUGACACCUGCUGCAGCCCGGACCCAAGUUCCUACCGCUGCAGAAUGUGUCGGGUGGCUUACAGCCAGAGUUCCGCCCUGGACAUUCACCUCUGCUCUGUACUGCACCAGACACGAGCCCGUGGAGCUCGGACCCAGCUAUCACUGAAACCCCACACCCUCCAAACCCUAGUUCCAGCCUUGGUUCAGACCACUGCCUCCAGCCGUUCACCAGGGGGAGGAGAGGUAUCUACCAGGGGAACCCCCCCAACAGCCACCAGAUCAUCCCCUUCCUCCCCAAGUCCCUGUUCCUCCCUCAUUGAAGCCCAGCUGAGUGUGGGUGUCUCUGGGAAGGCUGAGGGCCACCAGGCUAAGAGGCGGAGAGUAGAGGACCUGACAGCAGCUGGAGGACAGCAGGACCUAACGUUACUCCAACAGCAGUUAGCCCAGGCCCAGAUGCUACAACAGCAACAUAAGUUAGCCCAGGCCCAUAUACAGGAACACACAGUCCUCCUCCAGCCCCAGCUCUUUAGUCCAACACUGCUCCCGCACCUCCCCUUACUGCAGCAGAACCUCUUAAAGCAGUUCCUCCCUUCAGCAGCAGAGAGUCUCCAACAGAGGAACCUCCUCUCUCCACUCCAGUUCUCCCCAGACAGCCUGUUUCCUCUACAGCAGCAGAUGCUCCAGUCCUUCUACCUCUCUGGAGAUCUGCAGCUCAACCCUAACAUGAACAUUAGUCAGAUCACCUCAGCUCUCUCCCUCCAGACCAUCGCUGCCCUCUCCUCUCAGACAAAUGGGCUUAAACAUCCCUCUCCAAAGCUGGUGACAACUAGCAUCCAGUCUCCAGUCCGGCCCCCGAAAUGUGAGACCCAGGCUGAGACAGCUGACAGUGACUCCCCCCUUCACCAGAUGGAGAAAGAGUCAAACCCAUCCUCAUCUCCUGAGGGAGGUGGAGAGAUGCAGGAGAGCGAGAAGAGGGAUGGAGCAGAGAAGACCCUCAGAGUUCUGCUGGAGAGAUAUGGCUGGGAGCUGGCCCUGCAAUCCAAUCAGAGCAGACAGAGACAGCAGAACAGAGAGAUGGAGGGAUGCCUGGAGGAGGAGAAGCAGUGUGGAAAAUGUGGGAAGCUGUUCUCUGACUCUCUGAUCCUGAAGAGCCAUCAGGAGUUUGUUCACCAUCAAAUUAUCAAUCCGGUAGUGUUGGAGACGUUCUCCAGACAGUAUGACUGCCUCUACCCCUUCACACCCUUCCCAGUGGGGGACAAUGAUAAUACUGUUGUUGCACAUCUAACCCCAGCCACAGCACUUGUACUUGCACCCUUACACCCAGCACCAGUCUCAGAUUCAAUCUUUGACCAAGCCCAAUCCCUCUUCCAAGCCUCCAUAGGUCCAGAUCAAGCUGUACCCACCACACCAGCAUCUGUACCUGUAACCUUGUCCACAGACCAAGCUCCAGUUAAUUCCUUCUGCCCAGCCCAAGCCUCACCAACACCCUCUCCUCCUCCACCCUCUUCCCAAACACAACCACUUCCAGAGCAGCAGCAGGACACUACGACAUCGACAACCACCCCUGCCCCCUCUCCAACUAUCAUACCCCAGUCCAAUCUCUCCAUGCAUUUCCCCUUAUCCCAACUCCCCAUGCCCCCUCUUUCUUUACCAAGCCUCUCCACUCUUCCCUUCCCCAUAGACCUCUCUCUCCUCCCCCUUGGUCUAAUGCAGCCCAUAGUACUCCAGUCUAUGCUUCAGUACCAGUCCCUGUUAUCAUCUGGCCACCAACCACCCCUUUCCCUAUUCACCAACGCUCACUCCACCCACAAACCAUCUCUAACCUCAUACACUAACACACACUGUGAUCCUAGUCCAUCUCUAACCUCAUACACGAACACACACUGUGAUCCUAGUCCAUCUCUAACCUCAUACACGAACACACACUGUGAUCCUAGUCCAUCUCUAACCUCAUACACUAACACACACUGUGAUCCUAGUCCAUCUCUAACCUCAUACACUAACACACACUGUGCUCCAAGCCCAUCUCUAACCUCAUACACUAACACACACUAUGCUCCAAGCCCAUCUCUAACCUCAUACACUAACACACACGGUGCUCCUAGCCCAUCUCUAACCUCAUACACGAACACACACUGUGCUCCAAGCCCAUCUCUACCCUCAUACACUAACACACACUGUGAUCCUAGUCCAUCUCUAACCUCAUACACGAACACACACUAUGCUCCAAGCCCAUCUCUAACCUCAUACACUAACACACACGGUGCUCCUAGCCCAUCUCUAACCUCAUACACGAACACACACUGUGCUCCUAGCCCAUCUCUAACCUCAUACACGAACACACACUGUGCUCCUUGCCCAUCUCUAACCUCAUACACGAACACCCACUGUGCUCCUAGCCCAGCCCUGCCCUUUCUGAAGCGUAGGCUGGAGGAGGGGACAGUGGUAACGCCUAUGAGGGAUGUGAUGGAUGGUGAGAGAGAGGAAGAGGGAGUUAGAGAGGGUGAUGAGCAGAGGAGGGAUAGGCGUCAGAGGACCACCAUCAGUUCAGAGCAGCUAGAGGUUCUGUACCAGCGCUACAGUCUGAACUCCAACCCAACCCGCUCUGUACUGGAGGGCAUCACCAGGGACACAGGCCUGAAGAAACGUGUAGUGCAGGUAUGGUUCCAGAACACCCGGGCUCGUCAGAGGAAGGGCCAGCUCCAGACCCUGGGGAGAGGAGGAGGUCUGUGUCUGGGUGAGAACCACAGGCGCUGUCCGUUCUGCAGGGCUCUCUUCAAGGCUCAGAACGCCCUGGACGCCCAUGUCAGGGCCCACCACUGUUCACAGACUGACAGAGCUGCCUAUGGCUCAUUUAAUCAGAUGGGUCCUGCAGAUGACUCCAGCUUCUCUCACAACCAUUGAUCCUACAGAGACAGGGAGGGUCACUCUGUCUCCAUCCAGCCUUUUCCCUCUCUCUCCCAGCAUCCUCCUCUCUCUCCCUCCCUCCAUCCCUCCCCAAGCCCGUUUCAUCCCUCCCCAAGCCCAUGGGGCGUCGCCACUGAGAGAAAAUACAUUUCUGGGAAAACCGAUUUGUCCUUUGACCUGAACAAACCCCAAAUUGAAGAGGAGGAGAAAGAAAAGAAAGAGCAUCUGUCAGUAAAAAUAUUCCCUUUGUCUGACCAGGCUCAUGAGGGUAACUAGCAAUCUGUUGUCUCUGGGAUACAAUUAUGGAAUGGCGAGCUUCAACGUUCAAGACUGUGACCAGAACACCAGUCCAAGUCUGUCUGAGUGUGGAUAGGCAUGUACUGAGACAGCAGCAGAGGCCGCAUACCCAGAUGACCCACCAGCAGGUUGCCCAACUCCGUCUGCUACAGGGAGCAACCCAGCCCCCUGCGAUGUGAGGGCCUGGCAUGCAGGGUAGUGCAGGUGUGGUUUCAGAAUAACCGGGCCAAAGAGAAGAGGACCAGGAGCCUUAGAGUCGACCCAACCACAGGAUAGAGAGAGACUGCAGAGGACAGGGGAGAGAACACACAGUCAUGAACCAAGUGCACGUCAGUCACAACAAUGAACCAACCACAGACACAGCCAUGAACCAACCUCACAAAGAGCGAUGAACCAACCACACACACAGCCAUGAACCAACCACAUGCCCAAGAAGCCAAAGAGCAUUCUACCAGUGUACCUCAUCCCCUCCUCAGCCCAAAAACAUCACAGGGCAUACCUCCUAGAGCUUUAAGACACAACUCCUCUGUUCCUCCCUCUCUCCUCCUGUCCUUUCUUCCAACUGAUACCUCAGGAGUUAACCCCUCCAUGCCAACAGAUGUCCCUGUCGAGACCAUAUCAUCUGGAGAAUCAGGAAAUGGUAUGUAAUCUUCCCACUUCUGUUUAAAGACUUUACUAGUGUUGUAGUUCUGUUGCAAGUACGAACAGAUUCUAUCAAGAUAGUCUAAGAUAGUCUAAGACGUUUGGUGUAUAGAAUGUUCUUUCAAAGUAAAAGAACUGAAGGAAACAAAAGCCACUACAGAAAACAAAAAUAAAGAAUAUUCUUCACAAAGAGCUUCUGCAAAGACUGGCUUGGAUUCCAAAGCUUGUAACCAAAACCUUACAUGUCCUUGGAUUGUGUUGUCAACAUGGUGGUUUUCAUUUCCUGAACUGCA